AUGGCAGCGAUUGAGGUUCUGGCGGAAGACGAGCACGGGGAUGUCAUACCAUUGCGGUUGUACCAGCAGGACGAUGAAGCAACCCGCCCAACCACAAAUAUCAUCGAUAAGCAUUCGGUUGUUCUCAUCAAGGAGCCGUUCUUCAAGUUUACGGCAGCUGGAGACUACAGUCUGCGAGUGGACCACCUUUCUGAUGUCGUUUUCCUCUCAGACAAUGAUACGAUAGUACCAGAUUUGUUCCAACGACCGCGACACGCUGAGGUUAAAACAGCAGAUACUUUGAAGCUAGAGGGGAAUACUCUCAUGGACGGCAAAAAUGACUGGCAAGCGAUCGACAAGUAUUCAGCCGCCUUGCUGCAAUCGCCUACUCCCGACGAGAUCAAAGUGAUCAAGCUCAAUCGAUCAUUGGCUUACCUCAGUACCAAGCAGUAUGAGGCGGCGCUCCGGGAUACUGGUUACCCAAGCUUCGGUGAAGAAGGAUCAGAGAGUGCAAUGCUUCGUGCAUCACAGGCACUGUACUACCUCAGCCAUUACGACGAGUGCUGCGAUCUGCUGAAAGACCUCUGCGAAUUAUCUCCGACCAAUCAAGACGCAGCCGAUGCGCUUGCUCGUGCUCAGCGUCGUUGCGAUGAGUGUAAUAGUGGACGAUUCGACUUCAAACACCUCCGAAGCGAAGCAACAAAAUUUCGACCACCUCAUCUAGAUCACGGGUCGUACAUUGGGCCUGUAGAGGAUCGCCCAGUGCAAGGCAAGGGUCGCGGUCUUUUCACAACCAAGCCCCUCAAGGUCGGCGAUUUGGUGCUGUGUGAGAAGGCCUUCAGCCACGCUCAUCUUGACGAUGGACAAAAAGGCAACUCAAGCAUCACCCGCUUGGUCAAUGUCGAGUCGGAUUUGGACGCCACAGGCGUCAGGGCUGACCUUAUCCGAAUGAUCGCGCAGAAGCUAUUGAAGAACCCCUCCCUGGCUCCGGAUUUCACUACACUGUAUCAUGGCAAUUACCAAGCGGUCGCCACACAGCGCGUAGAUGAACAGCCGGUAGUAGACACCUUCCUCAUCGAACGAAUCGAGGCUUUCAACAACUUCUCCUGUCCCCUCACGAGUCUGAACAUAUACAAAGACCGAAUAGCAGGGAGAAUUACGCCCAAAGAAGACCUUCAUAACUGUGGCGUCUGGAUUAAGGCCUCAUAUAUCAACCACAGCUGUCUUGGCAACGUCUGUCGAACUUUCAUUGGAGACAUGAUGAUCAUCCGCGCGACCAAGGAUCUGGAUGCGGGCACAGAAGUCACAUUCCCGUAUGUUUUUCCGGAAGGGAAAUACAAUUCGAAGAUGGUUGAAGAGCUAGACCAUUGGGGCUUCACCUGCAAGUGCCCGCUCUGCGAAGAUAUCAAAACAACCGAAUCUGCGGACCUCACGAAGAGGCAGGACUUGUUGGGCCAACUAGAAAAACUCUUUAAAUCUCCGGUGACAGGAAUCCAGUAUACGAACGAGGUCGAACGCUUAGCCGAGGCGCUGAACGAGACGUACGCUCGUCCGGCGGAAGAAGUGCCUAGGCUCAUGCUGUGGAGUCCGUACCACGUACUGACACGGAUCUACAUGGAGCGCCUCGUUGAAGCCAAACUGAAGCGCUUCUUUAUUUGCAAAGCAUUGGAAGCCAUGGGUAAGUCUCUUCAAGCUAUGGGCUUCACCUUCACUGGGCUUGACCGCACGUCUGCGCCUUUGGUGAUUACAAGAUGGGGUCACGUGGAAGAUCGUCUAGUAGAAGUCUUCCUGCAUGCGCGAUCAGUGUUUGAGCAGUUGGGGUUGCCCGAGAAAUCGAAACAGGCGGACAAGCAUGCGCGAGUGGUGUAUCGAAUUGUUGUUGGGGAAGAUACGUCAUUUGAUGAGACGCACCCUAGGUCUUCUUAG